AUGCGGCUCAUCCACCGGGAUGCGGCCAUCGAAGGAGAAGGAAAUGGCUACAUUGAAGGCAAAGAGCUGGAAAACUUCUUCCAGGAGCUGGAAAGUGCAAGGAAGGGGGCGGGUGUGGACUCCAAGAAGGACAACUUGGGUGACAAGAUGAAGGAGUUCAUGCACAAGUACGACAAAAACGCCGACGGCAAAAUCGAGAUGGCAGAGCUGGCCCAGAUCCUGCCCACAGAGGAGAAUUUCCUGCUGUGUUUCCGCCAGCACGUGGGCUCCAGCUCCGAGUUCAUGGAGGGAUUCUUGUCGGACCUGCUGAAGAAGGCGAACCGGCCCUACGAUGAGCCCAAGCUGCAGGAGUACACGCAGACCAUCCUGCGGAUGUUUGACAUGAACGGCGACGGGAAGCUGGGCCUCUCGGAGAUGUCCCGACUUUUGCCGGUGCAAGAAAACUUCCUUGCUGCUGCCCAGGGGAUGAAGCUCUCCUCGGAGGAGUUCAAUGCCAUCUUCGCCUUCUAUGACAAGGACGGCAGCGGCUUCAUUGACGAGAACGAGCUGGAUGCGCUUUUGAAAGACCUGUAUGAGAAGAAUAAGAAA